CACUCCAUCAUCUCCCAUGUCUUCCGCCUACCGCCAAAACCCAACGACUUUCCCGCUUCGGCAGGGUUACCUAAAUCCAAUGUCAGUAAGCCAUUUUUGCAAGUUGCUAGCCUGGAAAGAAGCUGUUGUAGCAGUACUCGUCAGUUAUCCUACGAGUCUCCAACCCCGAGCUCCCCCGCCACCAAACCAUCACUCUCACACAAUAUCGCUUUGAGUCUCUCCCCC